AUGAGCGAGCCCAAUGCAGUGAAGUAUCAACGAUUACCUGAGAACAAACUAUCCCCUCGAAUCACCUCUUCAGUUGGAAUCAGGAACAUAAUCAAGACCAGUGAUGAUGUUCACCGGCUUUGGGGAUGUCAACUAGAAACUAUCAAGCUUUUGGGCCUCGACCUCGGACAAGUAUCUGUGGUUGGUGCCAGUGCUUUGUUGCCAAGUCAUGGAAGCUUCAUUGGUAUAGCCGUACGACCCAAGUUCUACAAUCUGGCUAUCAAGCAAAAGACGGUUCAUACUGAGAGCAGUCUACUACCUCUCUGUGGCAAUGCUGCAAGCAUCAAAGAGUACAUCGACAAGCUUGUAGGAGCGGAGACACACCUCAGUUCCUUCUAUAAGGGAAGAGCCAUCAAAAGGCAUCGGUGGAACGCGAAGAGGGCCCGAGAUGAAGAAUACGUUCAGAUCGCCAAUCGUUUGCUCAACAUGGUGGGUGGAUCAGUUGGGGUGAAAAGAAAAGAGAGCGACAAGGUUGUGAUUGCUCGCAAGACAUUUAUGCACAGAGCUGUGAUGGCUGGCCACAACAUAGCCAACGUCGUCCGCGGUCAUCUAAUUCACCAACAGCAACCCCUCUACCUUCAGCCGAUAGACAAGAAAGAAUUGAGCACAUCCAUGGAUGAAAGACAGUUGUUCAGUACGCGCCAAACGUCAAGCACCAUUCGAGGCUGA